AUGGCACCCCAACUAAACAUCAUCAUCGUAGGAGGAGGCAUAGCAGGCCUCAGCACCGCAAUCGCUCUCCGCCGCUCCGGCCACACAGUUACCGUCCUCGAGCGCCACUCAUGCCCUCAAGCACUAGGAGGUCCAAUAGAUCUGACACCCAAUGCAACACGGGUCUUGAUCGAUUAUGGACUCCGCGAAGUCAUGGAAGAAGCCCACGUCGCUGUGGAAGGAGAAAUUCACUUCAGGCGAUGA